AUGGAUCUCGAAAACCGCAUCAAGGCUUACCGGUUCGUCGCCUACUCGGCCGUGACCUUCUCCGUGGUCGCCGUCCUCUCCGUCUGCAUCACCCUCCCCAUGGUCUACAACUAUGUCCACCAUGUGCGCAGACAGAUGCACAACGAGAUCACCUACUGCAAGGGCUCCGCCAAGGACAUCUGGAGCGAGGUCACUCAGCUGAAGAACAUCCCCGUCGCCAACAACCGUACCGCUCGUCAGGCCGGCUACGCCGAGGCCGGAGUUGGCGGAGGCGCUGCUUCCGGCGGUAGCUGCGACAGCUGCUGUUUGCCCGGUCCACCCGGACCGGCCGGUACUCCCGGAAAGCCCGGAAGACCCGGAAAGCCCGGAGCUCCCGGUCUGCCCGGAAACCCAGGAAAACCACCAGUCCAGCCUUGCGAGCCAGUCACUCCACCACCAUGCAAGCCAUGCCCACAAGGACCACCCGGCCCACCCGGACCUCCAGGACCUCCCGGAGAUGCCGGAGCCCCAGGACAGCCCGGAAACCCAGGAACCGACGCCCCACCAGGCGAGCCUGGACCAAAGGGACCUCCCGGCCCACCCGGAGAGCCAGGACAGCCCGGAGCCCCCGGAGAACCAGGACAGCCCGCCCAGUCCGAACCCCUUGUGCCCGGAGAGCCAGGAGCUCCAGGAGAACCCGGCCCACCAGGACCUCCCGGACCACCAGGACAGCCCGGUAGCGACGGAGCCCCAGGCCCAGCCGGACCCAAGGGACCACCUGGCCCCGACGGGCAGCCCGGAAACGAUGGAGCCCCAGGACAGCCCGGUCAACCCGGACCAGCUGGAGCUGCCGGAGAGAAGGGAAUCUGUCCCAAAUACUGCGCCAUCGACGGAGGAGUCUUCUUCGAGGACGGAACCAGACGUUAA